GUCUCCUCAGAUCCUGUCACCAUGGAAAUUCCCCCCAAGAGCCCUGAUGGGAGUGAGAAGUCUCCUAAGUCCAAGGAGCUGCUGACCAGUAACACGGCCAGCACCCUCUGUAUCAGCUCACGGAGUGAGUCUGUCUGGACCAGCACAUCCAGAAGCAAGUGGGACAUAUACCACAAGCCUGUCAUUGUCAUUUCUGUUGGAGCAGCCAUAUUCCUCUUUGGAAUAGUCAGCACCAGCCUGUCAUGCAUCCUAACCAAGAAUGAAAAAGUUUACAAAAUAUGUGGCCCGAUUUUCCUGUCCCUGGGACUGAUGCUCCUUGUUUGUGGCCUUGUCUGGAUACCCAUCAUCCGGAAGAAGCAGAAGCAGAGGCAGAAGUCACAGUUUCUGCAGAGUCUCAAAUCCUUCUUCUUUAACCGCUGA